UCUCUGGUGCGGAAAGAACCGUUCGUCCGCAGUUGUACCUCGUGACAUUCGGUUUUGUUUGCGUUUAGAGGAGCGGUGAAGGGUCGGCUAGCAGCGGAAAGCUUUUCGCACCACCUCUCUAAGUAUCUCGGGCUGGGUGCGGUGUUUCCACUUUUCCUGAUGUGAUGAUGUCAGGAUUCACCUGAACAGUUUGGACUCCAAGCGGCGUUCAAAUGUCUUGUUAGCCGAACAAAAAUAUGUCGGCAACCAGAAGAUUGACGGGGACGGCGGAUCUGCAGCCCUGCAUUCCAAACAGGAAAACGAGCCUUUCAUCAUGAACUGCGACAUUGACGGAGACAUGGAGAACCAGGUGGAGAUGGAGGAGAAGACCAGGUUGAUCAACCAAGUUCUGGAGCUUCAGCACACACUGGAAGACCUAUCGGCGCGAGUCGACGCCGUCAAAGAGGAGAACCUGAAGCUAAAGUCUGAGAACCAGGUGCUCGGUCAGUACAUCGAGAACCUCAUGUCGGCCUCGAGCGUCUUCCAGACGACGGACACAAAGAGCAAGCGGAAGUGAGCGUCGCUCAGGAGAAGCGGGGCGUCGGGUCCGGCGUGGAAAACUCCCCCUCAGAGGAGAAGAGAGGCGUCCGUUUUAUUUACCUGCUUGAGUCAAAACUAAUGUAAAUAUUAAAAGGUACUGACCCCAAGAGUCAGUAGACGUAAACCUCCAUUUAGUCCAUGAUAUGUUUGGACCGAACUCUCGUGUUUUUUUCAGCCUGGAACACGAUUGCACUAAAGUUUCUCUGGAAAGGUUCACUCGCCGCUGGUUUCUGUUAGGUAUGCAAAGUAUUUUGCACAAAAGCUGGACGGGAGUCUGUGUUUGUCGUGCAUGGCUGCAGAAUUCUACCCAAAGCAGGAAAACAAACAGUGUUAAGAAAAUGUAAACGUGUAUUUUGAUGGCUUGUAUUCAUAUUUCAUCUGUUGCUACGGCAGAUUGGUGAAACGUCUCUGCCGCUCAGUGAUUAGCGGGGAGAAAUCGGGCCGGACUUAAAAUGUUUUUAAUUAGCCGACGAGCAAAAGCGAACGUUUAUCUGUGGCGUUUGAGGACAAAUGUUCUGAUUGGCGUCCGUUUGUCCCGAUCAGACUUGGAGGCAGCAGCAGCCGCCGCCGUUUCUCCAGUUCCUGCAGCUGACGAAGCAGCAGCUCUUCUCUAAAUGGAAGAACAGAAACGGGGAAGAGAAAGGCCUUGAGUGGUAUCGAUCCGGUGGGAGUGGGCUGGACUGCGUCUGCCGGCUUUAACUGUAAUAUCUGCUGAUGGGCUCGGAGUUUUGGCGUGUCUGCUGCUUCAGAUAAAAGGCUCAGCGAUGGCGGGAAACCGGCGUCAUUUGAUCAGAUUGUGUUUCCAUCCAAACCAGAGCUUCACUCACAUGUUACGUUCUAAAACACUAAACUGCGGUUCCGGGCGGGUGUUUCUAACAGUUACUCUGUAUUAUUGGUUUGGCGUGUUCAAUUUGUCCUCCACACACGCUGGUACCGACCCGUGUUGUGUGUAGACACUGUGUUGUUGUUUUUGUUGUUUGAAUUAAAACCCAAGAAUCCUGA